AUGCUGGGAGCGUCAUUAUUCAUGAAUUUCCAAACUUCGCUUGAGCUCAGUGACCUUCAUCUUGCGAUAGAUGCACAGCAGCGUGCCAUUGCUCUUAUGCACCAGACGCAUCCUGAUCAAGCAACGGUACUGACUGACCUGGGGCAUUCUCUUUGGACCCGCUUCGAACACCUCGGACAGUUGGAUGAUCUUGAUCAAUGUAUCUCCGUUCAAAGACGUGCUGUAGAUCUCACGCCUGAAGAUCACCCUGCAUGGGCCUCUCGAGUCGAAGCCCUCGCCAUCUCACUCCACUCACAUUACGCAUGUGUUGGUGACAUCCGCGAACUCGAGGCCGCAAUCAGCAAGAAGCGGACUGUCGUCAGCGUCACACUCGAGGGGCAUCUCUACUAUCCCUUGCGCCUCGGAAACCUCGCAGCCUCCCUGUGCACACGAUUUAAAUGUCUGGGCGAGGUACGCGAUCUUGACGAAGCCAUCGCCACGAACCAGCUCGCCGUUCGGCACACACCCAAGGAUGACCCCGAUAGAUCGAUGUGGCUCAGCAACUUAGCUGUCUCUUUGAGAUACCGCUUUGCACGACUUGGAGAGAUAGAUGACAUUGAGAAUGCAAUUGCGGCGGAUAGGCUCGCUGUCAAUCUCACGCCUGAAGGCCAUCCUGACCGAUCGCUGAGGCUCGGUAACUUUGCCAACUCUCUGGGGUCUCGCUUUGAGCGUCUCGGCGAGCUUUCAGACCUUGAAGAAGCUAUUACCGCACACAUGCUUGCUGUCGAUCUCACACCGGAAAAUCAUCCUGAUCGGCCGGGACACUUCAGCAGCCUUGCGCGAUCCCUCAGGCAGCGUUUUGAGUCUCAAGGAUCAUUGCAGGACCUUGAGGAUGCGAUCAGGGCGGGUAUGCUCGCUGUCAAUCUCACACCUGAAAGCCAUACCGACAGGCCAUCGCGUAUGCUCGACUGCGCGAGCUCCCUGAGGUCUCGCUUCGAAUCCCUAGGCGAUCUACAUGACCUUGAGGAUGCGAUCGCCGCUACGGAACAGGCUCUGUGUGCAACGCCCGAUGGGCAUCCCGGCCGGCUUGCCCAGCUAUACGACUUGGGCCUUUCGAUGAAGGCUCAGUUCGUACGUCAACAGAUCAAAGCUGGCUUUGACGCCGUCUAUGAUCAGUUCAUGCAGGCGGCAAUCCAACCACUGGGACAUCCAACCGUUCGAAUGGAAUCCGCGCGGGAGUGUGUCCUUCUAUUGUCCAAUUUCCCCGAGUUUAGCUCCUCAGAUUUGGUACUCGAUGCCCAUUCCCGUAUCAUCAAGAUCUUCCCUGAGAUCGCGUGGCUAGGACACAGCAUCGAACGACGAUACGAGGAGUCAGCCAGGCUUGGGGCCGAGAUGAACGCUGCCAUCUCCGCUUUCAUCAGGUUGCAGUCAAGAUACCAGGCAAUUGAGUGGAUGGAGGCCGGCAGAUCCCUUGUCUGGUCGCAGAUGUUCUCCUUACGGCAGCCCUUGGUAGACCUUGAAAAUGCAUAUCCGGAUCUUUCUGCGGAGCUGCAGACGGUCUCUUCAGCGCUUCAGCAAACGGGCAGUCGGUCGCAAUCCAUACCGCAACGAACCCGCCAUUUGACACUGAGCCGAACUUCCUCGGUUCAGUCCGAUGCAGCCGCCCCUACAUCUUUGGGUGCUCCUUCCGCCUUGGAGCGUCAUCGAAAACUUGUAUUGCAGUAUCAAGAACUUCUAAAAGAAGUUCGUAUUCGGCCCGGGUUUGCGAACUUCUUGCAGCCGCCCAAACUGUCUAGUCUCCUACCAUCUAUUGAACACCUCGAUGGACCCGUGGUCUUCAUCAACGUACAUUCGUCGUCCUGUGAUGCACUGGCGCUCUUCCCCAACGGUGCCAUUCACCACAUCGCUCUUCCCGACCUCACCGAGAGCGCAGCCCAUAAGCUACGGUCGGCAUGGACGCGCUUUCUUCGCUCGUCUAAUGCGCGCACGAGAGGCAUGGCAUCUGUUGAGAGGUCCAUCCCGGAGCAUCGACGCUCAAACAUAUGUGGAUCCAUACUGUGGAAGCUCUGGAUCUGGAUCGUGCGUCCGGUUCUACAAGCACUGAAUCUUAUGAACGAACAUGCCCCAUCGGGGAAGCUGCCGCAUAUCACUUGGUGCCCUACAGGACCGGUCACGCAGUUGCCGCUGCACGCUGCGGGGAUCUACGACCUAUCACACGCUUCGCGGUCGCAGCACGUCUAUGACUUCGUAGUCUCAUCAUAUACUCCUUCUCUCGCGGCCCUCCUACGCUGCCGGGAGGCCGUACGGCCGCAUUAUCGUCAGCCAGAAGUUCUAGUGAUCGCGCAAUCCAACACUGAAGGUUGCACACCGCUUCCGUACACGCAAGAGGAGCAUAAACGCAUAGGCUCUCUUUUCCCCGAAGCCACAUUCACCGUUCUGAGCGAUCAAGAUGCGACUCGGAAGCACGUCAUCGACGCGAUGCAACAGAAUACCUGGGUGCAUCUUGCGUGCCACGGAUACCAAGACCUGAAGAACCCGACGCAGAGCGCCUUCGCCCUCGACGAUGGUCCUUUGACGCUGUUCAAGCUCAUGGGGACGAUCAUAGAAAGCUCUGAGCUCGCGUUUCUGUCCGCACGCGAGACUGCUGUCGGGGACGAGAAUAUACCGGAAGAGUCUGCGCAUCUUGCGGCUGGAAUGCUGGCAGUCGGGUUCAAGGGCGUCGUCGCGACGAUGUGGUCAAUCAGGGAUGAAGAUGCGCCUGUGAUCGUUGAGGCGUACUAUAGGAAGCUGAUCGAGACGCGGGCGUCAAUCGAGGGUAUAGGAUAUACGGGCGCAGCGUAUGCGUUGCAUGAGGCGAUGAAAGUGCUGAGAGAGCAUGUGGGCGAACGCAACUUCGUGCGCUGGGCGCCGUUCGUGCACUUCGGUGUUUGA